AUGCUUCAGACUGCUUCACCGCAUGCUGAUCCCGCCACCCGGGUCUCGGAGUUGCCCCCAAGCGACAGACUUCCACCCUGGAGUGUUGUGGGUGAUUUCGUCCAGCUAUACCUCCAACAUUGCAACUGCCAGCCACUCCCGCUGUUCUCCCCUGAGGUCCUGACGGCGACUUUCAGCUCGCGAGAUCCAGAGCUAUUGCUGUCUAUCCUAGCCCUCGUGUCGCGCUUUGAGAUGGGAAACCCCGUUGUCGGCGAUGCGGAUCUAGGACGCAUGUUCGAACGUUGGGCAAGUCAGGCAAGAGAGCUAAUAAUGCGCCGGGUCACGUAUGGGCCCGUUGAACUGUCCACGAUCCAAGCAUUGUGCCUUCUGAGCCUUGGAGAAUUCAAUCACGGAAAUACUCCCCGGGCAAGCACUUACAUUGCACUGGCGACGGACCUUGUUUCAUCCUCAGGACUGUCCUCGGGUCACGGGAGACCCGACUACGACCGUGUUGACGAAGAGCGACGCCGUUGCUUCUGGAGCGUGGUGCUUUUAAGAAAUCUCUAUGGAAUUUCAACUGGCACUUUCUCCGCUGUGCAGGAUGAAAGGACCCCGAGGUUUCCCCAAAGACCCGAUCCUCCAGCAGGUACCAGCUCUCAGAUGACCGAUGCGGCCCUGGAGCAGCGGAGUUCAUCUAAUGAACCCUCGGACCUUGGCAUCUUCGCAUAUGUUGUGCAAAUAAGUCAAAUCUGGCAGAGAGCUGCCAGGUUUGCAAACAGGCGUGGAUCCACGAGUACCCUCCCUGCCUGGUCACCGCAGUCCGAGUACUCACAGAUUACUGCGGAACUCAUGGAGCUCGAGACGCGGUUGCCAUACAAGUAUCGCUUUCGGCCAUCACGGUUUCAAAAUCAAAACUACGACCAACUGGAGAAGCAUCGUGAUUUUUGGGCCCCCUGGAUCAUGCUACAGUUACUUUACCACACUAUCCUCUGUCUACUCAACCAUCCGCUACUGCUGUUUCUCCGCCUGCGAAACUUCAGGCUCACCAUGGUUCCGGAGGUCUUCCUUCAACACACGGCCGACCUCAAUGAGACUCACACAGAAUGGAUCUUACACCUAUUGGACUUGUGUAUGAAUCAUAGCUUCCAUCUGCAUGACCCGUUCCUGGCCCAUUGCGUAGCUAUUGCUGCCACAAUAUACCUACAGCAGAGUUUCUCCGAUGACACUGAGGUCAAGACAGCGAAGCAACGCGGCUUCAGGAAAUGUGUGUCAUUCAUUCGAGGUUUGGGCACAUAUUGGCCUUAUAUAGGCCAGCUUGUCGGUAAGAUAGAAGCGUUUGAAAAGGUGGUGUCGGACUCUUUCCAUGAUUCUGCGUCUCAGAGGUCACCAGAUACUCGCAUCUUCAUCGACCUCAGCUUGUUCUGGGAGAUUAUCGAGUCGUCGUUUGUCGGAGAACUACCCAAAGACGCAGAUGUCUACUUUGGUACCUCUCUCACAUCCCAUCGUCAAUCGUCUUCCUCGGGAGAAGUGCUUCGCAGUCAUCUUCUACCUAAACCUACUCGCCUCAUUCACCACAGUACGACAUCAGCCGGGUUGGCAACUGCUCUGCCUCCUCGCGACACCGUUCGAGACUCGGAGGGCCGUAACGUGGACUUUAUGAAUGAGGGAGUGUCGAUUUUGGCGCAAAGUUAUUUUGCACAAGGACAAGAUUUGGCUGGAAGUCUGGACGACUGGUGGCUUUCAGGUCACCAGAGCUAA